AUGGCUAUCAGAACUAAGACGUUUGAGGACUUUGUGUGUGAACCAAUGGGUGACAAGCCUAUUACAGCAAUUGAUGGCAUUAAUGAGGAGCUUGGAGCAAAACUAGCGGCCAAGGGAUUUGACAAGGCAUACAUUCUCCUGGGCCAGUUCCUGCUCCUGAAGAAGGAAUGCGCCCUGUUCCAAAAAUGGCUGAAGUCCUCUUACGGAGCCAGCAGCUUCCAGGCCGAGCAGUGCGCUCUCUGUCUCUUGGAGUGGUGUUACGCGUUCCUUUAA